GGAGCACUUAUACACCAACGGAAACAAGUCGAUUGUAUUUUAAUACGGUGUUAUCAUAUCAACAAUGUACAAUAUAUUCUUUAGUUAUUCUCUGUUCUAAAUCCAUAUUCAUGCAUUCCGAUAUUUUUUCAAAUUUGAUAUUCAAAACCGAACAAAAAUCAGUAUUUAAUCGCACCUCAUCAUUCAAAAGCAGUUUACGUUUAUACCACGAUGUGAAACUGUGCAUCACCUGUCAAGUCUGCGGAAUUAAGUAGGCGCGGUGGUUUAGGCUAGGAGCAACAUAAACGACGGUGGAUAGUGAGAUAACAAUGAGAGUUGUUUCUUUCGUUCUCUUUCUGGCCUCAUGGUCUAUGUUGGAUGCAUAUGGCGGCCUUAUUCAACGAAAGUACAUCACGAAGCGAUCAAGUAAGAAGAUCGCUUCCACUGAACAGUUUGACGUCAACUCCAGGAAUAUCGUAAAAGACAUCCCAAAAGAAGCACCAGUAGCAGAAGCACCGAAUGUAAAUGGGGAGGAAGACCAGCCACCUCCGAAUUUAGCAGAAGCCAUUCAUUACCUCACCAGGCAAGCUAAACGAAUCCACAAGAAUCAACCAGCAAAAACAACUGCCGAUACCGGCUCUUUUCAGAAAAACAUUGCAGAGCCCGAGCGAUAUCAGAGCAAUGAUUUUGUAGACAAUGCAAUUCAAACAAAGCAAAGCCUUAGUCAAACUGUUCCUAUCCAACCUGUUUACCAGCAACCUGUACCAAAUAAUGUAGGUGUUGAUAUUCAGACAGCAAUACACCAGAAAGAAAAUGUUGCUAGUCAACCGGCAAUGCAGGGACAGCAGGCUCUACAUCAAAUGCUUCUUAAUCAAGGUCAGCCUGCCCUUCAAACUGUUCAUAAUAAUCAAUUUCUAACAAACCAGGGCUCAUAUGUUAACCGACCAAUUCAGAUGGCUGCACAGAGUAUACCGCAGGGAGUAGAUUCCAUGAUUCCCAUGCAGGCUUUGCCACAGUCGGUUUCACGCCAUGUGUUGUUCCCGCGUGUUAUGCCACAACAAACUCCACCACAGCAGUACGCUUCGGGACCAAGAUAUGUUGUCAUUCGAUCACCAGAAACGGGCGCCUUACAGCUCAAAGAAAUCGGUACAUUCCCACGAAACUCUGUCGCUGUUCGUCAGACUGUUCCUCCCCAGAGACCAUUUACAUAUCCAACAGUGUUUCAAGACUCAAUGUCGACAACAGUCGUGCCGUAUGUUCAUAAACAAAGACCUCCAAGACCGCCAGUCUACUUAACGCAAGCACCCACAACCACCACUACAGCUACAACAACAACUACAACGACAACACCUGCUCCAGUUACGACUAUUCCCACAACAAGCGCACCAGCACCGACACAACCUCCAGUUACACAGCGAAUAACGACACCAACUACAGAGUUACCAAUACCUGAAGCUGCUCCAGUUGAUACACACCCAGCAAGCGAACAUAAUGCCUGGGAGCCGUCAUCGGAAAAGCAACAAGCUUUCUUUGAUAAAGAAAUGAAAAAGCAAAACCUCGAGAUCACAAAGCUGCAGCUGGAAAUUCAGUUGUUACGACAACAAACACAAGCUGCUAGCAACGGUCAAAUGCCGGAGCUGGAAGAAAUGCCACCCAUGCUUCAGAGGUUACACAAAAAGAGAAUGGCGUCUGCCCAAUAUCCCUUCCCAUUCAUGGGCAGAAAAUGACAAGGCGGAUCUUUCAAAGAUAUGCUUAACAGUAUGACUUUCAGAGUGCAGGAUGAUUAAAUGUAGAGCCAAUAUCUUAAGAGAUACGUAUUCAACGGGUCCAAAAUCUGUACAAAAUCGAAGAAAUUGCUCUUUGGCAUA